AUGGUGACACGAGUCGUUCGUUGUCAUCAUAUAACUCGUGUCAAAACGCAACUUGCAACCUGUACCUAUGGCAUCCCGAUUCCCUGCAUGGGAGCCAUCAGCUCAGCAGUCAGCUGGCAAAUGACUCCGUUGCCACCGUACCCAACUAUUGACUUGACCAAAUUGAGCAACAACCCAUUUGCUGAAUUGGGUUUACCACCAGCCCCUUGUCGAAGGCAUGAGAUGGGAAUUUAG